CUGCUCCCCCCCCCUUUUUUUUUUUUUUCUUUUCUUUCUUUCUUUGCAUUCUUAGCAGGCUUGGCUUGGCUGCGACAUUGGGAUUUUAUGUCGGACGACUCCUCUUUACCAUCUUCUGGAAGAGGCUAUUCGUUGACAAGAAUGCUAGAAACAGCAGCUGAGGAAGGUGGGAAUGGCGCAAAACCUAAAGGAAUUUUCGCGUCUUCAGCUCACAAAAGUUCGGCUUUGCAAUUUUUGAAACGAUCGGUCGAGAAUGCCAAAUCAGCAAAGUCGAAUGUACCGGUAUACCCUUCUACUAUAUCAUAUGAGGACGAAGAAACUCCGUUGGAUGACCCCGAUACUAGUUCGACUGCUCGAAGACCUCGAGCAGAUACUAUGCCAUCGCUAUCCACCGAGUUUCCUUAUACCGACCGUCAGCUUCCAUACCUUUCAUUGUCAUUGUUACCCUCAUCGACGCCAGCAUCUGUUCCACCGAGAAAUCGAUCUGGCUCAGCUACGUUACCCCCUCCUGAGUCGUCUCAGGCUUUUCACUCGGGCAUUUUUAGUUCCCCUUCAUGGAUUUCUCAAAAUCAAUAUGUGACGCCUCCUACCCCUACUACCGAUCAAAUGAUGAAGGAAGAAUGUGCUGCCGAUACCAUUGCUAGCACCAUGGCAUCUCUCGGUUUGGAUGAUGAAAGACGGAGAGCGUCGUCGUUGCAUCGAUCCGGAUCUUCGCCUGCCUUGAGAAACCAGCCACAGACAACCAUGCAUCAUCAUCCCUUGUUUCCUCCUGUUUCUGUGGAACCAUCGGUUCAUUCAUCUACCAAUUUGACAACCUCGCACCAUCACCGUUCUAUUUCUGGUUCAUCUAAUCAGUCCCUGACAGAUUCCGAUGCGUUUUACCUGAAGUCUGCCUCGUCUUCCUUGAGGACUUCAGCUGUACCGCAAUAUCUCACUCAACCAGGUGGAAGUCGCCCUAGAGCCAUCAGUUUAGGCAUGGCUGAAUCAACUUCAUUUCAGCAAGAUGAAAAUAACUUGGCACCUUCGUUAUCUCCGUCACACCGCUAUCACCGACAUCCGGUGUGGCAAGCAGAAUCGUCACGUAUGCAAACUCGUCGUCAACAUGGAUUGAGAAAUUCUUGCAGCAACUUGGAUUUGCAGAACAUGAUGGGAGAAUCUUCUUCAUUUUCCAACUUUGCAUCUUCUCCUAAUCUAACUGAGCAGAACAUCAUGUACGAUGAAUGGGAUACCCAUGUUUCCUCCGAUCAUGCCCAGUCUCUUUCCACAUCACCUUCAAGCUCGCAAGCGCAGCAGCCAACUCGAUCCUUAUGGCUAGGAAACAUUGAUUCCUCCUUGACAGUGAAUGAUCUGACUCACUUAUUUGGCAUGUAUGGCCCUAUUGAGAGUGCACGUGUCUUGUUAGAAAAGGAAUGUGCCUUUGUCAAUUUUUUGCGACUGGAGGAUGCAUUGGCCGCCAAGGACGACCUUGUCAAUAAGCUGAAUUGUCGUAUAGCCGGCCAUACUGUCAAAGUAGGAUUUGGAAAACCUGAGGCCAUUGCUCAAAUUGGUUGUAACGAACUUGGUGCCAACUCUCAAGGCCCUACUCGGGCUCUAUGGAUCGGCAACUUGCCCAAUGGUACAUCUUCGGGUGCUUUAAUGGCUGCCUUCGCCCCCUUUGGUAACAUUGAAUCAGCUCGAGUGCUUACCCAUAAGAAUUGCGGUUUUGUCAACUUUGAACAACAAGAGGAUGCUAUGCUUGCCAAGAAAUCUCUUCAAAACAAGGAUAUUCCUGGUCUCGGUCCAGCUGCUCGCAUUGGCUAUGCCAAAGUUCCUGGCAACUCGACCACCUCUGCCAUCGACAUUGACGCCAAUUCCAACCCUAGUAGAACACCACACUCAUCGUUCACCUCGCACUCAGGACCAUCCUCUUUACCACAAGCCACGUCGUCUAUGGAUGCCUACCAAACUCGCAUGAUGAUGAUGCUUAUGGCUGAAAUGGCGGGCGGAAAUCCUUCCAACUUGGCGCAAGCCACUAUGCUGGAACGACAAUACAUCAUGAAUGAGUUUGGCGAUGAACCCAGUGAUGGACCCCAAUUUGACACCGCCCCAACUCCUGUCACCUAUUACCCAACUAUUCCCACCGUCGUGGAAUCAGGUGCAGGGCGCAAAAUUGACCCAGUGCGCCUUCGCGACUUCCGUAAGCGACUUGAUGGUGGUAAUGUUACGUUCAAGGAGGUCGAAGACAUUGCAGCGGAUUGCAUGGAUGAUAUUGUGGAUCUUUGCAGUGAUUAUCUUGGCAAUACCGUGGUCCAAAGACUCUUUGAGUAUUGCUGCGAUACCACCAAAACGGCCAUGCUAGAGCAAAUUGCGCCGUACCUUGGAUCAGUUGGUAUACAUAAAAAUGGCACUUGGGCGGCUCAAAAGAUCGUGGAAACCUCAAGGACACCGGGUCAGAUCCAUCUUAUAUGCUUCCAUUUGAGACCCUAUAUUCCUGCUCUACUACUAGAUCAAUUCGGCAACUAUGUUGUGCAAUGCUGUCUAGGACUUGGACCUGAUUUGAAUCAGUUCAUUUUUGACGCUGUCGUUGAAAAAUGCUGGGAGAUAGCUCAAGGUCGUUUUGGUGCUAGAGCUAUGCGUGCUACAUUAGAAAGCCCGCAUGUCACCAAAAGGCAACAGAAAUACGUUGCAUCUGCCAUCGUUCAGAACACCAUCCUGCUGGCUACCAAUACCAACGGAGCGUUAUUGUUGACUUGGUUAUUGGACACUUCGGGACUGAAGGACCGUUAUAGCAUUCUGGUGCCUAGAGUCAUACCACACCUCGCCCAUCUUUGUACGCACAAAUUGGCGUCAUUGACAGUGUUGAAGCUGAUUAACCAAAGGCUGGAACCAAAAGCAAGGGACGAAAUCAUUCAACACUUGUUCUUUUCCGACAGUGACAAUGUCAUUGACGAAGUGCUUUUGGAUCAAGUUCAUGGUGUCGCGCUUGUUCAAAAAAUCCUUUCCACCUCGUACAUUGAGCUGCACGAACGUCAGCACAUCGCUGAAAGGUCUAAGCAAACGUUGUCCAAGCUCAAAGUUCAACAUGUACAAGGAUACAAGCGACUGGUAGAGGAGAUCAACAUGGUCAUGGGAGAUUCGACUGGAGCCGGGUUUGCUGGAGUUCCUGGUUUUGCGGCUCCUUUUGCUCUUACUCCGGAAUUUGCCGCUGCACUGCAGGCCAAGUACCUUGCUGCUCAACAAAAUUCUGAAAAUCGAUUCAGCGUACCUGAGCAAGUGGAAUCAAGUAGCCAGUAUCCCAACCUGGAUACCAAUAUGCUGAAAAUGAUGAUGACCAAUAUCUUCCAGCAAGCCGGUUACCUUGGAGGAGGUUCAUCCAUGCCAUCUAGUGAUACUGAACAAGAUAAGGUAGCCGAGGACAAGGACACGUCAAACUAAAGUACUCUUGGCUUUGUAUGAUGGCAACAACGUAAUUGCAAAUCUACACACACGCCCGCCCCACUUCGCUCUUAUAUAUUCACCAUUUGAAAAAAAAAAACCCCCCCCCCACACACACACAGGCUUUUUGUAUUCCAUUCUUUCUGUUCAAACCUGUGAGAUGCAUAUACAUUCUCAAAACACACACACACACAUCAAGCAACCCCCAAUUUCUCUCUUUUUUCUUUAUACCAAGGCAUGAUCUUUUCUUUCUUUCACCUGAGAAAGUGAAGCAUUUUUUCAAUUGUUUGCUCGUUCUUUUUUUUUCGUUGUUUA